AUGGAGAAGCAUAUUUCCUUGUUGAUACUUGUCUUUCUAGUUAAAUUUUCUAUAUCAAUUGCUGCCUCAAAUGAGACAGACCAAAAAGCUCUACUAGCUUUCCAAAAUCUCAUUAGUCCUAGUCGUUUUUUGGCCAUUAAUUGGACCAAGAAUACUUCUUAUUGCUCUUGGUUUGGUGUCACUUGCAGUCCAAAAAGGCAAAGGGUUGUAGCCUUGGCUCUUCCUAAUUUGCAACUUCAAGGCACAAUUUCGCCAUGUUUGGCCAAUUUGUCCUUUCUCAGAGUGCUCAAUAUUGGGAAUAACAGCUUCCACGGUGGGAUCCCCUAUGGACUUGGUCACUUGCCUCGCUUGCGAGUGAUUGAUAUUCAAAACAAUCAGCUUAACGGAAGUAUACCGACAAGUCUGUUUCAACACCGGAGAGUUCAAGUAAUUUCUUUGGCUUUUAAUAAACUCCAUGGUGAAAUGUGGAAAGGGCCAUGGUAUGUACCUGAACUCAGAGUCUUGGAUCUCACCAACAAUAGCCUCACGGGUGUGAUCCCUCCUUCUGUUGGAAAUGCCACAAACAUGAUCAACUUCAGUUUGUUUGGAAAUAGAGUCAACGGUAACAUUCCAAAGGAGAUCGGUAAUCUGAGUCAACUAGCAGACUUGUCCUUGAGUGAUAAUCAAUUAACAGGCUCCAUUCCCGCAAUACUGUUUAAUAUCUCGUCGCUACUUGCCAUACAUCUGCGAAACAAUAGCCUUUCUAGUCCUCUCUUGCUAGAUGAAGGAAAUAUUGUCUCAAAUCGAGAGCCAGAGGUGUUGUAUAUUGGACGUCAUGCAAUAAGUGGGACUAUUCCUGCUUCACUGGGAAAUAUUUCCACUCUGCAAAAUCUUGAUUGUUCUCACUCUCGCAUAGUGGGGCAAGUUCCUCAAGAGUUAGGGAAGCUAUCAAAUUUGAGGCUAUUAAACUUUGAGCAUAACUAUAAUCUUAUUGGUCAAAUUCAAGAGGCUAUUUUCAACAUAUCUUCUUUGGAAACAAUUGCUUUCAAUUCCAACAACCUUUCGGGGAGAAUUCCAUCCACUACAGGUCUUCAUCUUCCAAACCUUAAAGGACUUUACCUGGGAGACAAUCACUUCGAAGGGGAAAUUCCAUUGUUCAUAAUAAAUGCUUCCAAGCUUGAGAUACUAGGGCUAGCACAGAACUUCCUGACAGGAGCCAUUCCUACUAAUUUGGGGAAUCUUUGUGAGCUGCGAUCACUACUCCUAUAUCAUAAUCAACUUACCAAUGAACCAAGAGAUCAUGAGUUGCGAUUCUUCAAUUCUUUGGCAGACUGUAGGAUGUUGAGAUAUCUACAAGUGGGUUACAAUCUGUUGAAUGGUGUUCUGCCCAAUUCUAUUGGCAAUUUUUCAUCUACUAUUCAAAACAUUGAAAUAGGAGAUACACACAUCAACGGCCUCAUCCCGACAAAUAUAGGCAAUAUAAGCGGUCUAAUGGCCCUAGGGUUGGUAGGAAACAACCUGAUAGGGAGUAUUCCUUCUGAUGUUGGUGGACUUAAAUAG